CGGAGGCCAGCAGCAGCAGCAGCAGCAGCAACAGCAACAGCAGCAAAGGUUGCCGGGGGCCGUUGCCGGUGCGCGAGCCGCUGGAGAGCUGCGCGCCCCUCGGGAGCAGCAGCAGCAGCAAGUGCAGCAGCAGCAGCAGCAGCAGCAGCACGUGCGGGAGCCCCCUGGCGUCGCCAGAAGCAGCAGUUCGCGGGGGCCUCUUCCGGUACCCUCCCGAGGGUUUUGCUGCGCAGCAGCUAAUUUGCUGCAGGCUGCUGGAGGCCCUUUGUGCCCUCAGCAGCAGGGGGGCCCCCCCCCAGGGCCCGGGGGGCCCCCCCCUCUACACUUACCACCAGGGUAUGAUUUUGGGGGCCCAGGGGCCCCAGCAGCUGUUCAUUUACUCCCACGUUAUUCUGGGAAAGUUGCUGCUGCAUGCAGUGCAUGCAGCCCCCGCGCUGCUGCUGGCAGCAGCAGCAGAGGGGGCCCUGCUGCUGCCCGAAGAGAGGCCCCUCGCGCUGCUCAAGGGGGCCCCCCAGCAGGCCAUUGAGGAUGCUGUUGCUGCGCUGCAGCUGCUGUACGAAGCAGCAAACCCCAAAGAAGUGCUGCCCCGGAAAAGCGCCUUUGCUGCUGCUGCUGCAGACUCAGUUUGCCAGACACGCGUAGAGUGUACAUACACUCCAGGCAAUGUGGAGGCCAUGGAGCGGAUGCCAAUGUCCAUUCUGUGCUCCUUCUUCAUUUAA